UAUAAAAAGUUAAAAACGGUGGCUUUCAGAUUUUCGGAAAUAGUUGAUCUCAAGUCGACUUAUAGUCAACAAAAAGCCAUCCUAAAAUAGUCGAUUAAAUGUUGACUUUAAGUUGACUAAAAAAAGUCGACUAUUAAUCGUCAAAUUGUCGCGCGUGUGGAGAUGUCUGUGUUCAAGACGUCUCUUUCAAACAUGCACGUUUCUCUGAGUAUAAUACACUUGAAUUGUUCUCGACAAUAAUUUGCAGACAUUUUCGCAAAAUUAUAACGCUUCAACGUUACAUUAGUGCAAUUAUUUAUUUAUAGAUGCAAACCAUUUAUUUUCGCAAUUAAAGGGUUCGUCCGUGAAUAAUUUCGUCGUAAAAUGUUUACAACUAUAAAGACUUAUUAUAUCUCGAAUCACUCUUGCUCUUUCCGCAACGACUGAUUGUUAAUUGUGACUGUCACUCGUGGUCACUCGGCAUUGAUAACUCUCGCGGACUUCCGACGAGACCUUUCGACGAGUUCGACGGUGAGAGGUGAGUAUCACGAAGGAAUAGUAUCUCGCUUGGCUUUCUUUUUGCCAGGGGUCGUGAAAGGUCAGACUCGAUGUAUAAUCGUUCGCGCCGCAUCCCGGAGAUGUAUGCAUACGAGAACACAGAUGCCGUGAAUUAAAUUGCGCCGAGUUAUAGCACCAGCAGUAAGAUAUCAGAAACUAAGAGAGCUAGAGCGGUUCUUGUUCAAUAUAAUACACGAAAAUCGUAUCGCAAGAUUAGAUCAUGUUCGGUAUCGUUAUUUCUCCCAUAAAUUUCGGCUUCAGUUUUGUAUUGAUGACUUUCUUAGUUCCGCUUCUUUUUAUCGCGCACGUAGCGGUGACAUGGACAAGAAAAUGUUGGAUAUGCUUUAUCAAAUGGAAACAUCCGAGUUACGUCGUUGUGGAGGAGAACAGUAUUCGCAGCAUCUUGGACCAAGGACGCAAUCCCGGCAUAUGCAUCCUUCUCGUACAAGGACGUUCGAUCGUAAAGGACGUGAGAAAUCACUUGACGCAUUUGACUUCGACGAGAAAAUUCCUUAAAUCGACUCUCUUCAUGCGAUGGGGCGUAUACGUAUGGAAAGAACUCGAUUACUUUUCCGUGGACAAUCAUCUUGCAAAUUCACCGUACUCUUUUCGAGGUCGUCCUAUCACCGAGAACAAUAUACAGGAUUACAUAAGCGAUGUCACAUCCAAGUUUCUUCCAAAGAAAUUACCGCCUUGGCAAGUGCGCGUAGUCAACUUGUUCGUGCGAGGAGAGGAACGUCAAAUAUGUCUCGUGCGAGCGCAUCAUUUGCUCUUGCGACAGGAGCAUCUAACUUUGGCGGAUUUUUUGCCGUUAAAAUAUACGACGGACAACUGGACUUGUCAAGAAAGCGAUUCGCCCUUUACGAAUCUGUAUGUCCAACCCUCCGCUCUACCGCGUCUCCGACAAAUGUUCCGAGAGAACUUCAGCAAUUACUGGAACGAUUUUCUUUACAACAACGAUCCUGUAGAACAGCCGGGGAUUCUAAAGAAGCGUAUAGAAGUGUUUCAGUGUUUCAAGAUCGCGACGAUAGUGUUUGUCUGCACUCUGAAGGAAUUGGUCAGACAGUGUCGAAAGUCGGAAGGAUUGAAAAUUUUGAAGCUUCUGUCGAUCGUCCGGCGAGAAUCGAGCAAGAGGAAUUUCAAUUUUCGGAUGAUAUAUGACUCCAUUGCGAAAUCUUUUCAUCCGAUCGACAUUCUCUACACGUGCGUUGCUCUGUCCUGGUACAUCAUAGUUAUGUCGUUUUUAAAGACGCCUCUCUUGCUCAUUCGAGAAUUGCGAGCUUUACGAUCGUUUUACAAUCACAAUAGACAUUGCAGUUAUCCUGCAGAUACCUUGAUAUACACACUGUCGUGUUACCUUCCCCUGACGCUUCAAGCAAUUCGAGAGACUAUGUCCAUUAGCUGGAUAGCCGCGACUGCACCGAAAAUCAUAAUCGAGGAGGUAUUUUUGAAGAAUCCGCAAUCGAAUCGACUGCAGACUAUCUCACAGUGUGGCAGAAAAGUAGUGGCUUGGUCGGAAAAGGUAGACGUCGAGCUCGUACGAAAAAUGGCUAAUGUGACUGGCGCGACGGAGAUGGAGAUUCUUUUAACGGCUACCGUGGACGCCCUGAGAGAAUAUUUUCAGCACUUGGCCAUCAACGUUCCGGAUGUUGUAUUCGCGACAGUCAAAUACGUGAGUCAGCGAGCAGUGUUUCUUCGAAAUCACGAGGCUAGAGGUAUCCUCUGUAUUGCGCUACCAAUCAGAACGCCAUUGUUCCACGACGAUCCCAUUGAAAUAUUGCAGGUUAUUCAGCGAAACGUGCAGAAUGCCAGGUCCCGGCAAAGCGCAAUUUACGCUAUCACGGCAGCAGAAACAUCCCACGGAUUAAUUUCCUCCUGCAUCCCGUCCAUCGUUUUGAAAUUACUUUUAAAUCAACUGUCGAAAAGAUACUCUCUAUGUUUAACGCAUGUUGAUGGAGAUUUACCUGUGGAGGGCAUAGACGGAGUGGUUUAUUGGCGACCACCGCAAGGAAACUGCAACAUGUCUAUGACUCUGCACAGGCAUGAUGACAGCGUACGCCUCGGUAUAAUGGGAGAUGCCUUGAUCGGCCCCCGGCAUUUUAUCAUUGCGAGAGCGUUCCCUAAAAGCGUACGAAAUCUCGCUGCCGUUCUAGGCGUUCCGAGAGCACUUAUUCGAAGUCCAAGUCCUAAUCCACUCAAUCCGAUUACGUCUCCAGGAUACUGACAUAAUGAGAUAGCUGAUGAAAUAAUUCAAGAUUUAUCACAAAAGGGGAUUGGACAUUUUCCUUCCUUGCUCAACUAUCUAUACUACGUGCAAGAGAUAUACAUAAAAUAUACAUAUACAUACAUAUUUUUUUAUUUUUUGUUUUGUAAAAUAUGUAAUCGAAAUUAAGUUCGAAACAGCGAUACCAUCAUAACAAAAUAUUUACAUCGUCAUGUAAUAACAUAAUUAAACAAACAAUUAAAUAAAUAAAUAGUUCAACAAUUUAUGGCAGAAUUCUUUCCGCGAAAUUGUA